CCUCCCUUAAAGCAACUGUCAAGCGGCUCUCCUUUUCUCCUCCACUCCACCGUCUCUAGGGUUUAUAAGGAUUCUCAACCAAACUCCCUCCCUUUCUGAAGAUUUGAAAAUCAGUUACCGCUGAGGGAGAGAGAGAAUGGUGGGAGAAGAGCAGAAAGAGGAGAAAGAGGGACUGAGCCCAUGGGUGCAGCAUUCGACGGUUAUAAGCAUCCCUCGCUUCGAUUACAAGGCUCCUUCUUCCCUCAUCGACCACUCCCAUUGCGGCUUCCUAAUCACCUGCACCAUCAAACGGGAGAAAAGUGCCACAAAAGAAGCCAUUUCCAUUCUUGAAAAGUACAUGGGCUCUUUGGCUAGUGAUGGCUUUGAAAGGUUGAAACCGGCUGAUGCAAAUGUUACUGCAAAAAGGAGGAAGAUGUGCUCUGAGGAAAUAGAUGGGGAAGGUGUUAAGAUUGCAGAAAGCAAGGAGGUUGCCAAUGUUUUAGGGACUUCAGCAGGUGAGGUCGCAAAAGAAACUCCAUCUGCCAAGACAGAUGCAGAUGUGGAAAUAGGUUCAGUUCUCUCAUUGGUGAAGCUAACUAGGAGCGGGUUGCUUCUCUUCACUUUCUCAAGAAAUAACUACCAGCAUACUGUUGAUAUUUUGUCAAAUAUUUUUCACUCUCUGGGUUCUGGAAGCUUAAAACCUCCACUCUGGUGUCAUCGUAUUCUCCCUAUUCAGGCGACUUGUAGCCUGAAGGAGAAGGAUCUCCAUGAUGCUAUAUCAAAGCUUGUCCAGGAAUACUUGGACGAUGAACGGAAUAAACAUGAAAGGCCUAUCAGGUUUGCGGUUGGAUAUAAUAGAAGAGGCAUUGAUGAGACAGAGAUGAAGAUUCAGAAAAAGAACCCAAAGGAUUCUGAUGAAUUGACUUUAUUGGACCGAAAUAAAUGCUUCAGCGUUGUGGCUGGAGCAGUUAAAGAUGUUGCAGCUGAUUCUGUUGUGGACCUUAAAUCUCCUGAGCUUGCUGUGCUUGUUGAAUUGCUCCCCCUUUCUGGGGUACCCAAUGGAUCGUCAGUCGUUGCACUCUCGGUUCUUCCGCACAACCUCGUCACUGUCAAGCCUCGGCUCUGUGUUAAACCACUGGUUUCAGAUAGUAAAACUAUAGAAGGAAGGAAUAAAAAACGGUAACAAGAUGAUUGAUGUUCUCAGACCAUUCCUGACAAGAUUCAACCCCGGCGAGUGCAUCACCAGGCUACAAUGGCAGCAAAUGUAGUUUCUUUAUUUUGAAAUGGCAAUCGUGGGUCUGAAUGGAUCAAGCUAUUCCUGUGAUUUCUUUGCAUGAAAUUCUGUUAGCUGGUGAAUGCCCAGGGGAAGUGGAGAGAGCGAUAUUAAGGUUGCAUUUCCAACAAUUAUUAGCUGAAGAUGGGUGUAAUUGAAAUUGAUAGCUGGGAUAUUGGAGGUUUCAAUCUUGACCCUGUAUGUACUUGAGGCAAUAAUAGAUAUUGUCGGUUUUAAUGUGUCCUGUCCCUGUUAAUAUGAUAAGAUAGCAUGGUUUUAUAGGUUGUUUUUCUAAUGUAAAAACUGUGGCUGUAUGUGUUAUUUUA